GCUUAGCAAUAAGCACCCAACUAUGAAUAAUAAUGGUCAUUAAUAGCAGUAUAUAUAAAUGCCAUUAAAAAACCAAACAAAAGCCAAAAGUUAAACCCCCACCAGCUUAGAGAUUUCAACUUUCAAGAAUCUAACACAUUACAAAUUCCACGCAAUAAGGAAUCAAAACCAGCCUUUAUUUUCUCUAUCAAUAGCCAUAUAUAUCAAAAGGGUGUUUGAGAUUUUGUGUAUAUUUUUGAGUUCUUGAAAAAGGGUGGUGAAGAUGCAAAAGAAAAGGUGGAGAACUGUGGCUAUUGUGCGCAAGGUGCUAACUUUUGCAAUAGCUGCAAUAGCCCUUUUGGCUCUUUUAUAUGUUCAUGUCCAAUUUCCUUCAUCAGAAAUUACCAAGUUACCUGAUAAACUCCCCACGCAACAUGAAUCUUCAUACCAAAAGCUAAGUACAGAACGAAGCUGGAUUCAAGAACUUGCCCCACCCCAUUUGCCAAAGGCUCCUCUCGCUGCUCACAAGUUAGAUGUUGCCAGUCGGAAUUGGAGUUUGGACAAGUUAUGGAAACCGCCCCCGAAUCGCGACUAUGUUCCUUGUGUUGCUCCAAGUCCAUUAUAUACAUCUCCUCCAGAGUCUCGAGGCUACCUGCUGGUUCAUGCGAAUGGUGGGCUUAAUCAGAUGAGAGCUGGGAUAUGUGACAUGGUUGCAGUUGCUCGUAUCAUAAAUGCUACUCUUGUGAUCCCUGAGCUUGAUAAGCGCUCACUUUGGCUGGACUCUAGCAAUUUCUCCGAUGUCUUUGAUGAAGACCAUUUUAUUAAUUCUUUGGAAAACGAUGUAAAGGUUGUCAAAAAGCUACCGAAGGAACUGGCAUCUGCAACUAAAGCAGCUAAGCACUUUAGGAGUUGGUCUGGUGUAGAUUACUAUGAGGAAGAGAUUGCACGACUGUGGGAUGAAUAUCAGAUUAUUCGAGCUGCCAAGUCUGAUUCAAGAUUGGCGAAUAAUAACCUGCCUCCUGAUAUUCAGAAGUUGCGCUGCCGAGCUUGUUAUGAAGCCCUUCGAUUUGCUCCCAAGAUUGAAGCAAUGGGAAAGAUGUUGGUUGAUCGGAUGAGAUCCUAUGGCCCUUAUAUUGCUUUACAUUUGCGAUUUGAAAAGGACAUGCUUGCUUUUAGUGGAUGCACACAUGAUUUAUCCCCAGAAGAAGCUGAGGAACUGAAGGCAAUUAGGGAAAACACCACAUGGUGGAAGGUGAAAGACAUUGACCCUGUAGAACAGAGGACUAAAGGCUAUUGCCCGUUAACUCCAAGAGAAGUUGGACUGUUCCUUUUCGCUCUUGGAUUUCCAUCAAACACUCCUAUAUAUAUUGCUGCUGGAGAUAUAUAUGGGGGUGAUUCCCAUAUGUCUGAUCUCUUGUCGCGCUACCCCUUAUUAAUGAACAAGGAAAAGUUGGCUUCUAUUGAGGAGCUUGAGCCAUUCGUCAAUCAUGCAUCUCAAUUGGCUGCCCUAGACUAUAUCGUUUCUGUUGAGAGUGACAUAUUCAUUCCUACAUACUCAGGAAAUAUGGCAAGAGCAGUUGAGGGACAUCGUCGAUUUCUGGGGCAUAGGAAAACAAUAAAUCCUGAUAGGAGAACUCUUGUCCGGCUUUUUGACAAAAUUGCCCGGGGUACAAUGAAAGAUGGGAAAAAUCUGUCCAAUCGCAUUAUUGAAAUCCACAGGAGGCGGCAAGGAUCGCCAAGAAAGAGGAAAGGGCCAAUUUCAGGUACAAAGGGGACGGAUAGGUUCCGUUCAGAAGAGGCAUUUUAUGUAAAUCCUUUACCGGACUGUUUAUGUCGAAUGGAAUCGUCAUACACGAACAGUUCUCAUAGUAUUUGGUAGUUCACAUGAAGCACAAGAUCCGUGUGUUGCAUUAGCUAUGCUGUUUCAGGCUUAUUUAUUGACGCUGGAGCAGGCAACGAGCUGAUUUGCAUGCGAAAUGUAUAUAUUAUAGGUGUAGAUGAUUGAAGAAAACGGGUUUUUCCAUUGAGCAGAGAGAGGAGUUUGAUUGAGAUGAGGCUUUCCAUGAAGGGGAAGUUGAUCAAGUCAAAUUGAGAGUAUAACAUGUUAAAUUUGUACAGACGGAGGGCCUCAUUAUGGAGAUGCCUGUUUUCUCUGUUUUCU